AGGCAGCACAUCCUUAGAGCCACAGGAGAGAUGUACAUACAGCAUCACUCAAGGAACCUCAAAUGCCACAAGAUUAUGAAGAUUUGAGAUAUAUUUGAGAGGCGAAACACGGCGGCGACAUAUUGAAAGCCUGGAUUAGUUGCCAUUUCAUUUCAUUUUGCCCAGCCUCCAGCAUGGGGACAGAGUGCAGUCGGCGGGGGUCCCUGGCGCUCACCCUCAACAUUGUAGCAUUUACGUGUGCCCUGUCAGCAGUGACCACUAGCUUCUGGUGCGAGGGGACCAGGAAGGUGGUCAAGCCUUUCUGCACGGGGCCGGUGACGACCAGGCAGUCGUACUGCAUUCGCUUCAACAGCAGUAACAUCAAUGACAGCCGGCUGGUGCAGUACAUCUGGGAGUCGGGAGAAGAGAAGUUCCUGAUGAGGAAGUUCCACACCGGCAUCUUCUUCUCCUGUGAGCAGGCUGCUGACAUGAAUGGUUUUAACUGCAGAGACUUUAAAGACAUUGCACCUGACCAUGAAAAAGGGGUCCUGUGGCUGUGCAUCACAGCUGAGUGUCUCUACCUCAUCCUGCUGUUCACGGGAGGUGUACUCAUGUGGUUAGAGCUGUGUCCUUGCCUCAGCGUCAUGAACAAGCUGAAGCUCAACGCCUUUGCUGCCAUGUUCACCGCCCUGUCAGGCCUUUUGGGGAUGGUUGCCCACAUGAUGUUCACCACGGCCUUUCAGCUGGCUGUGGCUAUGGGUCCGGAGGACUGGAGGCCCAAGACCUGGGACUACAGCUGGUCCUACAUCUUAGCAUGGGGCUCGUUCGCCACCUGCAUGGCUUCUGCAGUGACAGCACUGAACAGGUACACCAAGACCAUUGUAGAGUUCAAGUACAAGCGGCGGAACAUUGAGAAGAACCUGAGGAUCAAGCAGAAGCUGCUGGAGAUGGACCUGCCAGAGCAGAUGUGGGACAUGUACCUGACGGCUGUGCCUGCAAGGGGAGAAGGAAAUGCUGGGCCUCUGGACCUCUCUGUCAAUGGGCACAAACCCUCCACUGGAGCAGCCUAUGUAAUGGCCCUGGACAGCAUGACAGAACCACAGGGAGAAGCCUACUGCUAA